GUCUCCUUUAUCCCAAACAGUCCGCAUCGCUCAUCACCACCGUGUAGCAAAUAGCAACAUCGAUCACCGAUCAAUGGCGCCGCCGAACGAGUCGAAGGCGACGGAAGCUGAGAUCGCCGCCGAAGCCAUGGCCGACACGCCGCCGUCCACCUUCUUCUCCCUGCAGAACGGCAACCUCACCGUUGGCCACGGCGGCAAGGCGGCCGUCCUCCUCUCUGAUCUGCCGGAGAACGUCACGCUCUCCCCUUUCGAGCUCGACCUGUCGUCGUCCGAGUCCAGCUCCGAGGCGCCGGAGCAGCUGGUGAAGCGCGCCACGGCGGCGGCCCACCGGGGCGCGUUCCUGGGCUUCACGGCGCCGGAGCCCACGGACCGCGCGACAUGCCGCCUGGGCCGGCUCCGAGGCCCGCGGAGGUUCCUGAGCGUGUUCCGGUUCAAGACGUGGUGGAGCACGAUGUGGGCCGGGGAGCGCGGCCGGGACCUGCAGCCGGAAACCCAGUGGGUGCUCCUCGACGCCCCCGAGCUCGGCCCCAGCGGCUGCGUGCUCCUGCUCCCGCUCAUCCAGAACAACUUCCGCUCCGCCAUCUUCCCCUCCAUCGACAAGGAAGACGGCGGCGUAAUCCUCUGCGCCGAGAGCGGGUCUCCGUCGGUCACAGCCGCCGAUUUCCGCCGAAUAGCCUACGUGCACGCGGGCCACGACCCUUACACCGUCAUGCGCGAGGCCUUCCUCGCCGCCAGGGUGCACCUCGGCACGUUCAUGCUGGCGGAGGAGAAGACGCUGCCGGCCAUGGCGCGGCGGUUCGGGUGGUGCACGUGGGACGCCUUCUACCUGACAGUGGACCCGGCGGGAGUCUGGCGUGGCGUGUCCGAGCUUGCCGAAGCCGGCGUGCCGCCCCGGUUCGUCAUCAUCGACGACGGCUGGCAGAGCGUGAACCGCGACGAGGACCCGCCGGGCCGCGACGCGCCAGGGCUCGUCCUCGGCGGCGACCAGAUGACGGCGCGCCUCUACCGCUUCGACGAGUGCGAGCGCUUCCGCCGGUACAGGGAAGGGGGGCUAAAGGCGUUCGUCAAGGACAUGAAGCGGCGGUUCCCGGACCUUGACGACGUGUACGUGUGGCAGGCGCUAUGCGGCGCCUGGGGCGGGGUGCGUCCGGGCGCGACAAGGCUGGACGCGCGCGUCGUCCCGGCGCGCCUCUCGCCGUCCCUGGCGGGCACCAUGAGCGACCUGGCCGUGGACCGGAUCGUGGAAGGCGGCAUCGGGCUCGUGCCCCCCGGCCAGGCCGGGGGUCUCUACGAGGCCUCGCAUUCCUACCUGGCCGGGGCCGGGGUCACGGGCGUCAAGGUGGACGUGGCCCACGCGCUGGAGUACGUCUGCUCGGCCCACGGCGGCCGCGUCGCGCUCGCCAGGGCCUACUACGCGGCCCUCUCCGGGUCCAUCUCGGCCCACUUCUGCGGGUCCGGGAUCAUCGCCAGCAUGCAGCAGUGCAACGACUUCUUCUUCCUCGGCGCGUCGCGGGAGGUGGCCAUGGCGCGCGUGGGGGACGACUUCUGGUUCGACGACCCGGACGGCGACCCCAUGGGCGUCUACUGGCUGCAGGGCGCGCACGCCGUCAACUGCGCCUACAACAGCCUGUGGAUGGGCCAGUGCGUGCGCCCGGACUGGGACAUGUUCAUGUCCGACCACGCCUGCGCCGCAUUCCACGCCGCCACACGGGCCAUCUGCGGCGGCCCCGUCUACGUCAGCGACUCGCUCGGCGGCCAUGAUUUCAAGCUGCUCCGGAGGCUCGCAUUCCAAGACGGCACCGUGCCCCUGUGCCUGCACUACGCGCUCCCCACCAGAGACUGCCUCUUCAAGAACCCACUCUUUGAUCAGCACACCGCCCUCAAGAUUUGGAACCUCAACAAGUUUGGAGGGGUCAUUGGGGCAUUCAACUGCCAGGGAGCAGGGUGGGACCCAGCCGAGCACCGUGUCCGAGGCUACCCGCAUUGCUACAAGCUGAUCUCCGGUGAGGUCCGGCCAGCCGACGUCGAGUGGGGCCAGAGGGAAGACACCUCUGCUAUGGCCAAUGCCACAGAGUAUGCAGUCUUCAGAAGCCAAUCUGAAGACCUUCUCCUAGUGACACCACAGUCUGACCCAAUCCGCGUCACCCUCCAACCAUCAUCAUUUGAGCUCUUCACGUUUGCUCCAGUCACAAGGAUCACCGGCGUUGGAAGUGAUGAGAAGAAGUUCGCACCGAUCGGGCUAGUGGACAUGAUGAACUGCGGCGGCACCAUCGUCGAUGUGGAGUACGGUGACAGCGGGGAGGUGAGGAUGAAGGUGAAAGGAGAAGGGAGGGUGGUCGCGUACUCAAAUGUGAGGCCAAAGAGGAUUUUGGUCGACGGCUGUGAGGCUACAUUUGAAUUGGGAAAUGGCGGGAAGCUAGUGGUUGGCGUGUCUUGGAAGAAGGAGAAUGAUGGUGUCUCUGAUGUAGUCUUCUGUUACUAGGUAGUUUAUACAUUGCAUGUGUAUCUUUCAAUUUCUUUAAGUAUGAUUACAUAUGUACUUGAUUUGAUUUGGUGUGGAACUUUGAGUUAUUGUGAAUGUUUUACAUAAAAGAAUGAUGGGUAACAAUUUUAUGUUUUGAA